UGGUGGGACUUCUGGAUUUAACUUUGGAGCUCAGCCUACCAACCCGACCACUACAACUUUGCAGUUCAGUGCUCCAGCUUCAACAGGUGGCACAUUCACAACCCCAGCGGCUACUGGCAGUUCUGGCUUCAAUUUUGGAUCUUCAGGAGGGCUAAGUAUGGGCACUCCUGCUGCUACGACACAGUCCACUCUUUCAUUUAAGCCGGGUGGUCUGGGUGGUGGACUAAGCUUCGGUAGUCCAGCUCCAGCCACCUCUCAGCAGUCGGCCCUCGGAUUCAGUACUCCUAUAGUAUCAACUGGUCUCACCUUUGGCAGUACUCCAACUGCCAAUCAGCAGACUUUGUCGUUCAGUAGCACACCAGCAACUUCACAACCUUUGACUUUCGGAACCUUGCCUGCAACAUCCCAACCAGUGAGUUUUGGUGGUGCUCCCACCACAGCAGCUCAGCCUAGUCUUGGUUUUGGAAGCUCAACAGCCACGACCCAACCCACAUUAAGUUUUGGAAGCACACCUGCUACAUCCCAGCCUACAUUGAGUUUUGGGAGUACAGCUCCUACGACCCAGCCCACACUGAGUUUUGGGAGCACAGCUGCAACGACCCAGCCCACACUUAGUUUUGGGAGCACACCUGCUACGACCCAGCCCGCACUUAAUUUUGGAGGUGCUCCAGCAACGUCUCAGCCUCUUACUUUUGGGACUGCUCAGGCCACAACACAACAGACUCUUGGCUUUGGAACUACACCUGCAACAACACAAGCUGGCCUAAGUUUUGGAAAUACUCCAGCUACGACUCAGUCGACAUUGAGCUUUGGACUCUCAACUCCAGCUUCUACUGCCACCACCGGUCUGUCCCUGGCCACCCCAGCUUCUGCAACUCCCGGUUUGUCCUUUGGGCUGGGCACAAACAACCAGGCUGCCACUACCACCACCUCAGCGCCCUCUCUCCUCAACUUUUCCACUCCAAAAACAACAGCGUCUACUGGUUUCUCUCUGUCAGUGUCGGGGGCCGGCACUGGUACUUCGUUGUUCACUUUGCCCACUACGUCGGCUCCUACUACCAGUGCUCCUGUUGCCUUCAAGGGGCUGGGAGGUGUCGAUACCUCUACCACUCAAGGUUCUGGCCAGAAAGAUGCAAAAUCUGUGAAAGAAAAUAUAGUCGACCGAGAAAUAAUGCAGACUUUGGAUACUUUCAACAAGCUCAACUCUAGUAUCUAUGCUCUUAAAAGAAUAAAAAGUACUUGUAACAAUGAUACUACCAGGACAGCAUACUUCUCUCUUUUUGAAUCUCAUCUGAGGUACGGACUACUUGUGUGGGGCAACUCCUCAGUAAGAAACAGGGAGCGGGUUCUGGUUCUACAAAAGAAAGCAAUUCGAAUUCUUGUGGGACUGACUCCUCAAGACUCAUGCCGUCAGGCAUUUGGAGAACUAGCGAUCAUGACAGCUGUCUCACUCUACAUCUGCGAGACCAUCUGCUUCACAAUAGCUCAGAAACCUGACCAGCUAGGUGACACACACAACUAUGACACCAGAAACGCCUGUAACUAUGCCCUCCCCACACACCACCUGACCCUAUUUGAAAAGAAACCUACAUACAUGGGGAGAAAACUUUUCAAUCAUCUUCCAGAGGACCUCAAGAGACGCAGAGAUGAGAAAGAGAGUCACAGGAAAGGUGGUGUUGCCAUCUACAAGCACACUGACAUGGCUAAUGAGGUGGAGAGUGUUAAUAUUGCUGACCAUUCAGAAGAACUCGUAUGUGAAAUGUCUUCGAUCAGGAUAACAUUCGACAGGAAAUCAUGUUUAUACAUUCUUGGGAUAUAUCGACCACCCAGUGCUCCUCUUGACAAUGCCUUGGCCCUGUUAACUGAUACCCUCAGCUUGCUUCCUUGUGACAACAAUGGAAUUUGUAUUGUUGGUGAUAUCAAUGUAAAUUGCUUGCUUCCAUCAAGAGAAAAUGUAGCAUUAUGCGAAGCACUCGCCACCUUCGAUGUAACCAGAAUACCGUUGCCUCCUACAAGAGUCACUAAUACCUCUGCUACUUCCAUUGACAUUGUCUGCACCAAUCUUAACACUGACAGAGUAAAAGUCAUAGUGGAAAAUACGGGCCUUUCAGAUCAUAUGGGACAGCUUUGCUACGUUGACGCCCCAAUAAAGAAAAAUGAAGCUUUUAGAACUACUCACAGACAAUUUAAUCCUGACAACCUCCAGCACUUCAAGGACAUCCUGUCACUUCAAUCAUGGGACAGAGUCUAUCAGGCAGCCACAGCAGACGAGGCUUACAUGAACUUUAUUGAUACCCUGACAAUAGCCCUUGACAUCACAUGUCCACGUAAAAUUUGCAUACGGAAAAAAAAUAGAGGAAAAAUUCUAGCCCUACACAACCCAGAAGCUAACAGCCUUAGAAAAGAGUUCAUCCUGGCGCUUGACAAAUAUAAAAAAACUGGAACCAUCAACCCACCAACCCAGCAGGCCAGUGGUUUACCGACCAGACAGUCCAGUAAUGCAGUGGAUGGGCAGACCAUCAACCCACUAACCCAGCAGGCCAGUGGUUUACCGACCAUACAGUCCAGAGACACAGUGGAUGGGCAGACCAUCAACCCACCAACCCAGCAGGCCAGUGGUUUACCGACCAGACAGUCCAGUGAAGCAGUGGAUGGGCAGAUCAUCAACCCACCAACCCAGCAGGCCAGCGGUCCACGAAUUGGACAGACCACAGACACACUACACAAUCGGGAUAACGACGCAUCGGAUGAGUCUAGUGAAGUGGUGCUAAAUGAAUUUCUUGAGUGCUCUGAUUAUGGAGAAAUUUUUUUAGCAGGGCACAAUGUGGAGGCAGCCAUGACCAUGUGCUUCCGGGAUGCACAAAAGGCCCUUGAGUGCAUGGCAAUAAGCCGCACCAUAGAAGAAGAAGAAGAUAUGACCACCAACACACGUCCUUUUUCUUUAACCAAUCAGUCCACGGAGGACACGGAAGCUCUGAGACAGCUAUUGACGUCUGUUUCUAGUGCCCUUCAAAAGAACAGAGUGGUAGCCAAUAAACUGAAGACGGACACAACAAAGUGCCUGUCACUCUGCGAGAUGGCACAGCGGACACACGACACUCCACCUGGCCUCCAGAACGACAACAUUGCACCUCUCGAGUUCUUCAUUCAGCUGGUCUCAAAGUUCGAGAGAGAUAUUCAGGUGCUUCGUCAGGAAAUUGAUAAUACUGAAAAACAUGUUAACUCCCUUUCGUAUCCUGCUAUUCUAACUCCUCAAGAAUUGUCUGUGGCCCUGAGGAGGUUGCACGACAGUUUCGUAGCACUGGCAGGACGACUACAGGCAGCUCACGCUGGUGUUAUAGCACAGAAAGAACGCCAUCUCAGUCUGCGUCGUCACUUUCUAAAGGAUCAAACAAACAUCUUCGAGACCACUACCAGAACUGCAUCAGCUGCCAAGAAGUCUCCCUGUGGAGCUGGUAACUUUCCCCCAAUGCCAGGACCAACUCCUUUUUCAAGUAUGGGAGGAAUGCACAACAUCAGUCUGAUGGGUGGAACAGACAAGACAGUCACGUUCUCAACUGGACCUACUUCUCUCUCAGGUUGGGGUUCGUCAUCAAUGUCUAUUCUGAACACAACUCCAGCCUCUAGUUUCCUCCAGUCUCCCGGUACAGGUCUUCUGAACUCUCCCUCAACCAGUUGACAACCAGAACUUCCA